GCCGGUCAGAACCCAUCGUGGCGACCUAUAAAGAGGCGAGAUCCAAAAUGGGCUGACCCGCCGACUCACCCGGGAAGAGGAAGCCGCCCAUCCAACGAGCCUUCGAACGCCGGCCGCACGACCCAGAGAAUUCACCACCCCGAUGGCCCGGAGGCCCCUGCUGGAGGAAGGCAAACUGGUUCUGGUAUCUGUCUGCGAUCCAUGGCGAACGUGCCCCCUGUGGUUUUCCCCACCGGCAGGAAUGCUGCCGCGCCAUCCCCUGGCGGCUCCCAGCAGCGCCGCUUCCCCACCGCUCCCUUUCAACCCCCGAGAGCAUCAAGCCCCGGCCUCCCUUUCCUCUCGUUCGACGUUAAUUCCGCCGCCGCGUCCACUUCCUUCUCCGCCGCCCCCCAGUUCCCCUCCACCAUCGGCGGCGGCGGCUCCACCGGGUUCGAGGACGAGCCGCCGCUCCUCGAAGAACUCGGCAUCAACACCAAGCAAAUCUACCAGAAAACCCUCUCGAUCAUCAAUCCUUUCAGAAUCAAUUAUCACCUCCACGAGGAUGCCGAUCUCUCUGGACCUUUUCUCUUCCUCAUGGCUUUUGGAUUGUUUCAGCUCCUCGCCGGGAAGCUUCAUUUUGGAAUUAUCUUGGGAUGGGUGACGAUGGCGUCCAUGUUUCUGUACGUCGUCUUCAAUAUGCUCGCGGGGAGGAACGGGAAUCUGGACAUGUACAAGUGUCUCAGCUUGAUUGGUUACUGUAUGCUGCCAAUUGUGAUGCUGUCUGCGAUCUCUCUUUUCUUGCCGCAAGGUGGGAUGGUGAUCAUGGUGAUAACAGGGCUGUUUGUGAUCUGGUCUACACGUGUCUGCACGGGACUGGUGGUGGAGCUGGCUAACUGCGGUGAGGAGCACAGGGGGCUAAUCACGUAUGCUUGCUUCUUGAUUUACAUGCUUUUUUCACUGCUUUUGAGAAUGCAAGUGUACAAGACCGGAACGAAAGCUUCUGAGACUCAGCAUUGGUGUUGGUUAUUGGUAUCCUGUCUUUUCUUAUCUGCAAAUUUUCAG